CCCAGCCUGGUGCAAUACAGAAAAUCAUGGAUCCCAUGGGCCCUGUUGUGCUCAUCAUUGGUGCUGGCAUCUCUGGCCUUGCAGCUGCACAGAAACUGUACAAACAUGGCUUUAAAAACCUUAGGAUUCUUGAGGCCACAGGCCGAAGUGGGGGAAGAAUCCGGAGCCAGAAAUACGCUAAGGGGCUGGUUGAAAUUGGUGCCCAGUGGAUACAUGGACCAUCACCCAGUAAUCCAGUUUUCCAGUUAUCAACCCAGUAUGACCUCUUGAGCCCAGAGGCUUUGUCUGAGGAAAACCAGUUGGUGGAGUUAGAGGGGCACCCCAUGUUUUCAGUGAUUUACAGCAGCUCAGGCAAACAAAUCAGCACAGAGAUAGGUGAGAAUGUUGUGGAAAUGUUUUCCUCUUGGUUUCAAAAGAGUCGAGAGUUCACUAAAGGGGGCUGUAACCCAGAGGACAGUGUUGGAAGCUUUCUGCGUCAAGAAAUAUCUUGCAGCUACAGUAAUUGGGACAAAGACUCACUAGAGCUGAAAAUGGCAUUGUUGAAUUGCCUUUUUAAACUUGAAUGUUGCAUCAGUGGGACUCACAGUAUGGACUGUGUGGCUCUUGGUCCUUACGGAGAGUAUAAAAUUCUUCCUGGGCUGGACUGCACAUUCCCUAGGGGAUAUGAAAGUCUUGUGAGCCAUAUUAAAGCUUCAUUUCCCAGUGACAUGGUCUUACUAAACAAACCUGUAAAGACUAUUCAUUGGAAAGGAUCUUUCCAUGGUAGUGACUCCCACAUGUAUCCAGUGCAGGUAGAGUGCGAGAAUGGAGAAACUUUUAUAGCAGAUCAUGUAAUCAUAACUGUUCCAUUAGGGUUCCUGAAAGAAAAAGCAACAUAUUUGUUGAGUCCUCCACUGCCUUCCUACAAGCUUCAAGCCAUUCAGAACUUGGGAUUUGGGACUAACAAUAAAAUACUGUUGGAGUUUGAAAAACCAUUUUGGGAACCUGAAUGCUAUGCAAUCCAGCUGAUUUGGGAAGGGGAAUCUCCCCUUACUGAGCCUAAGACAAACCUUCAGCAAGAUUGGGUAAAGAAGAUUCCUGGAUUUGUUGUCCUACAGCCACCGGAACAACUUGGACAUGUACUCUGUGCCUUCAUUGCUGGAAAGGAGUCAGAAUUUAUGGAAAGCCUGUCUGAAGAUGAAAUCUUGUCGACAAUGACCAGUUUGCUGAGAAAAUGUACAGGAACUCCCAACCUUCCCCCUCCAAUAAGCAUACUGCGCACUCGCUGGCACAGUGAGCCCUAUACCUGUGGUUCUUACAGCUAUGUGGCAGUUGGCAGCUCUGGAAGAGAUAUUGACAUGUUAGCUCAACCCUUGCCUGAAGAAAGGGAAUGUGCUAAGCCCUUGCAGGUUUUGUUUGCUGGAGAAGCCACUCACAGAAACUUCUACUCCACAACUCAUGGGGCCUUGUUGUCUGGCUGGAGGGAAGCAGAGCGUCUGAUUGACCAAUAUCCUGCGCUUCACUCAGUGUUUAGUAAAUCAAAACUCUAAGAUUGUCUGUUCUGCUAGAGAUGUCUAUGCCAAAAUGUGCAGCUACAGGAGACAGCUUUUUGAGGUCUUUAUCAUUUCUAUAUAGUACAACAUGCUUUUUUUCAUAAGGUACCUAAUUUGUAGUCUAAUGGUGGCCAUACACGGGCAGAUAAAGCUGCCGAUAUCGGUCGUUUGGACCGAUUUGACAGCUUAUCUGCCCGUUUAUGGUUGCUUCCGACGGGUCUUCCCGAUCGAUAUCUGGCCACAAAAUCGAUCAGGAAGGUUGAAUUUUUACCCGACCGACCCGUCGGAGCCGCUUGGCGCAUCGUAAUUCGAUCGUUCGGCCAUACGGCCGAACGUUCGAAUUACCCCCGAUAUAGCCAUGCAGUUUAGUUGCAUAUCGGUGAAAGAUCCGCUCGUUUGUCACCAAACGAGCGGAUCUUUGAGUCUAUGGCCACCUUAAGACACUUGGGUGAUCCAGACCAUUUUGUACCCACAUAAUUUCCAGGGCAGCUGUUGUGUGGUAAAAUUCUCCAUAUUUCCCCUUCCCUAAAUGGUAAUCACCUGGACAGUUGAAUCAGAAUCCUGGGAGUGAGCGUUUGGAGCAACUUAAAAGAAAACUAUAUCUUUAGAAUCAAUACUUAACCAACAGAUAAUUUAUAUUGUAAUAAGUGACAUUAAAGAAUCCAACCAUAUUUACAAAUAAA